AGUUUCGGACAGGAGGAAGCGGAUUGAACGGGUCGUUGGCCAAAAAAAAAAACCCAUUUCCACAGCCAAGCAGUGCCGUUUUUUAUUAUUAUUAUUAUUAUUAUUCUUGUUGUUGUCGCGUUUCUGUCGUUAGAGCUUUAUCGUGACUUCAUCGUAUUCGCGUACCAACCCGGUGUCUGCGCCCCGUCACGACUGCAACUCGCAGAGAAGAAACACUGGAAAAGGAAAUAAGCAAGCCACCAUCAAAAUAUGGCCACUCCAGAAGCGCGAGCGCAGGCGUACCUCGUCUCCCUGCAGAGCAAUCUACAGGCAAAAGGCAACGCCGAGGCUGCCGAGACGGUCGCCCGUGCGCUGGCCCACAUCGAGAAGCGCUUCUGGUACGAACUCUCCAGCGAUCUUCUUCAGCUGAUCCGCGACCCCAUGAUGCUGGGCUGCUUGCAGGAGCUGUACGAGGCCGUCAUCAUGGCCGUCCGCGCAGACAUAUCGCCGAUCGCGUACGUCAUGAUGGUCCGCUCCGUGUGCUGUGCGCCAGGGAUGACUACCGAGAAGGCGCUCGAGCUCGUGGAGGGUGCGUGUGCGUCGCUCAUCCACUCUAGCUCGGAGCAAGGACACUACACCGCUCUCUGCAUCCGUGCGCAGUUGCUGCUAGAGAGCACGAGUGCGGAGGACAGCGCGGCGAUGGCUGCCGUUCCUGGAUCGCCGCCGCACACGGCGCGUAAGCUGCUCGAGCAGACGGAGACGUACCUGCAUGGUUUGAAGAUGCACGAGGUGGAGCCGGUGCUGGUGGCGCUCUACGGCAUGGCCCGCGGUCGCGACUACGAGAUUCGCCGUCAGUACAUGAGCUUCUACAAGAACGCCUUCGACAUUAUCCUCUUCUCCGAGAAGGCCGACCUCCCCAUGCGCGAAGACGACGUCGCCGCGCUGGCCUACAAAACCGUCAUCGCCGGCCUGCUGUCGGACAAAAUUUUCAACUACGGCAAGUUCUUAAACUUCGAGCAGUUUGUGAGCGCCCUGCAGCGUGAGGGCUGCCCACAACGCUGGGCGUUGGAAAUGAUGCGGCUGUGCAACGAGGGCGACGUGGACAGCUUCGAGUCCUUCUACAAGGCUCACCAGGCUCAGAUUGCGCAGGAGCCGCAGCUUAUGGCCGCCUCUGCCGCGCUGCACCGCAAGGUGCGUCUCAUGGCACUGCUUCAUCUUAUCUUCUACACCCCGCUUAGUGAGCGCACCUUCACCUUUCAUGCGGUGGCGCAGCGCUGCGGGGUGCCGGAUAGCGGAGCGGAGCCGUUGCUGCUGGACGCCCUGGCGCACGGCAUCAUUAAAGGACGUAUGGACGGCCUGACGAACCAGGUGCACAUUACGUGGGUGGAGUCGCGUGUGUUGAGCCUGGAGGAGGUGAAGGCGCUGGCAAAUCACGUCUCCAAGUGGCGGGAACAGGUUGUGGGACUGACCAGCUCGGUGAGCAAGAUGACAAAGCAGAUUCCACAGUAG